AGGGUAUAAAAGCAACGAACCACUGGCGGCUCCUCUACCUUCUCUUUUUGCCAUCAUGUCAUUCUCUGGAACGUACCAGCUGGAGAGUCAGGAAAACUUUGAGCCUUUCAUGAAGGCUAUUGGCCUCGCUGAUGAAACCAUCCAGAAAGGCAAAGACAUCAAGAGUGUAUCGGUGUUCGAGGAGAACGGUGAUAACUUCAAAGUGGUUAUCACUACCGGGUCAAACGUCAUGACCAAUGUUUUCACCAUUGGGCAGGAGACUGAGCUGCAGACUAUGACUGGAGAGAAGUACAAGGGGGUGGUUAACCGGGAAGGCAACAAGCUGACGGUUUCUAUGAAGGGAAUCCUGUCAGUCACAGAACUGGUGGAUCCCAACACGAUUGUCAAUACAAUGACUCUUGGUGACAUCGUUUUCAAGAGGAUAAACAAACGCAUUUGAAUUAUAGCACUUUGACUAAUAAAACUGUAAAAAACCUG